UCCGUGGAGAGGAUGUAGCUAGCAAGCUAGCAGUGUCGGGAUUGAUGCAUAGGAUUUAUUCAUAACAAUAAUAACUGUCCCACGAUAUCGGCACUGUGGGUGAGCAACAUCAUCAAAAGGACACUCAAUUGCAAGCGAGUGUUUUAUACUUUACCUGUGUGUUAUUUAAUUAUUUUGUUGGAUUUAUUAUGGAACAGAACGGGUUUGCCUCUCUGAACAGCAUCUUUGCUAGCAGCUAUAACCGCAGGAGUAGGAACAAGCACCGAGUAGGUUAGGCCUCAACAAAGGCCCUUCUCUGUUUUUCUUUGGUUUCUUACUAAACCUUUUCGUCUGUCUGGUUAUAAGACGAUUCGUUUUUUUUAUUUCGAUAUGGAGUCUUUGGAUAACCUGGAGCUGUAACCAUUCAUGCCCGAAAAUAUAAAGAUAGCAGCAGGACUUGCUGUAUCAAUAUUGGCAUUGAAUCGACUUGGAAAUACUCUGAUCCUGCAUUGAAGCUAAAUCAUCUUUUACAAUAACAUAUUGCACGACUCACCUGGAUUAUUUUGUUUGAGAAGAAGGAAUCCGGGUUUGGAUAUUAUAUCCUAUCAACACCGAUACAAGGAUUCGAUUUAAAGCUGAGGAACUCAUUGCUGUAUGAAUGUGGGACAAAAUGGAGACCCCAGCAAUAGUGUACGAUCUGGAUACCUCUGGGGGUCUAAUGGAGCAAAUCCAAACACUUCUAGCCCCCCCAAAGUCUGAAGAAGGUGACAAAAGAAGUCGAAAACCGGAGAAAGAUGCUCGGAGAAGCGGUAGAGCCACAAACCACGAUACCUGUGACAGUUGCCGAGAGGGAGGGGACCUCCUUUGCUGUGAUCAUUGUCCUGCCGCUUUUCAUUUGCAAUGCUGUGAUCCUCCACUGAGCGAGGAGAUGCUCCCCCCUGGAGAGUGGAUGUGUCAUCGCUGCAUGGUGCGUAGGAAGAAGCAGAAGGAGCCGUGUAACGGCCUGCUGGAGCGGCAGCUCUCCAAGCCGGCCUCGUCCCCGGUGGCGGGCGAGCUGGAGCUGGGCUCGGCGGCGGCGGGGCCGGACGGGGGGCCGGUGGCGGGGCUGCGGGCCGCGGUGGGGCCGGACGGGGGGCCAGCGGCGGGGCUGCGGGCGGUGGUGGGGCCGGACGGGGGGCCGGCGGCGGGGCUGCGGGCGGCGGUGGCGCAGGUUCGCCUCCUGGAGCGGGGGACCGGAAGCCGGCCCGGCACGCCCACCUCCAACGCCUCCACCGACACGCCCUCGCCCUCGGAGCAGAACGACAUGGACGACGACCUGCUGGACGCCGAGGACGAGGCGCCCGGCUCGGAGCCCGAGACCUCCACCCGCCGCCUGAAGAGGCCGUUCGAGCUCCUCAUCGCCGCGGCCAUGGAGAGGAACCCCACGCAGUUCCAGCUCCCCAGCGACCUCACCUGCACCACUGCACUUCCAGGAACCAGUAAAAGGAGAAGGAAAGAGGAGACGACAGGGAAGAAUGUGAAGAGGCCACAGCACGAGCUGGACCAUAACGGGCUGGUCCCGCUGCCAGUGAAGGUGUGCUUCUCCUGCAGCAGGAGCUGCAGGCUGGCUCCGCUGAUUCAGUGCGACUAUUGCCCCCUCCUGUUCCACAUGGACUGUCUCAACCCCCCCCUCACCGCCAUGCCAACGGGCAAAUGGAUGUGUCCCAAUCACAGUGAGCAUCUUGUGCUGAACCAGAGAAACCUGACCCUGACCAACCGCUGCCAGCUGUUCGACCGCUUUCAGGACCGAAUGUCCCAGCACGCCGUGAAGGUGGAUUUCCUACAACGGGUACACCGGCAACACCCGCCCAACCGCCGGGGUGCCCACGCACACAGGAAAACGUUCAAGGUUCCCGAUUCCAUCAAAUCCCAGUACCAGUGCCCCCCGUCCCUGCUGGCCCCCGCAGGGAUCCGCAACGGGGAGCUCAUCUGCAACGGCGUCCCGGACCCCCCUCACCAGCGCCUGCCCCCCCAGCACUUAACCAGCGAGGCCGAGCAGCAGGAGUGGCUUCGUGAUGUCAUCGCACUCCAGUGCAGCAUUGUGAGACAUUUAUCUGCCAAGCAGAUGCCAUCGUCCUAUUGGGACUCGGAACAGACGGAGAAGGCCAACAUCAAGCCUUGCGUAGCGUCCGAGAGAAGCGCGCUCUGCUCUCCCGAGAGAACCGCGCUGACGGACCCCUUUCCCUCCCCCUGCGCCGCACCCGUUGGCCCCCAAGGGGCCCCGGCGCAGAACUCCCUGGGCCCCUCGGAGGAGCGGAGGGGCUGCGCGGGCGGCUCGUGCGCCGAGAGGCCCUGCCAGAACUGCGGGACCGCCAACGGGCCCCUGGAGCCGCCGGCCAGGACCAACGGGCCCUCGGGGCGGGGCGGGAGCCCGGGGCCCUGCGCGCGGACGCAGGCUGAGCUCCAGCACAGGCUGGGCGGCCCCCCGGGGCCCCACCCGGCCCCCGCGCUGCCCAACCACACGGGCGGGGCGGCGGCGGUGAAGACGGAGGGCGCGGACGCCGGCCCGCUGCCCCACAGGACCAGCCCCGGGGCGGCGGGGGGGCAGGCCGCCGCCCUCACCAGCCGCAGCGUGUCCUCGCCCACGGCGGGGACCCGGGCCCUCACCCCGCCCAGAGCGCUGCAGGACACCGCCGCCGCCCGCCGGGGCUGCCCCACCCCUCCCUCCGAUGGGAAGGGCAGCCUCCGCGCCGUUUCCCCCUGCAGCGGUUCGGUGUCCUCCGUGGCUGCCGACCUGUCCCCCUGCAUGAAGGCCCUGAUGGAGGGAGAGGGGGAGAUCGAGCUGAGUAAGCUGGAUGAGAAGUUCAUCAAACUGCUGGCGUGGCAGAGGAUCCAGCAGCUCUUUCCUCCCAAAGCUCCUCCGCCCCCGAUCCACCGCGUCAGCCCGCCGCCCUCCGCCACCACCCCCUCUCCCUCCCCCACGCCACCGGCGCCGCACACCGAAGCACAACGAGAGGAGGUGCAGGCCCGAGCAGUGUUCUACCCCCUGGUGGGAAAAGGAGGCGCAGUGAACAUGUGCUACAGGAGCCUCAACAUAGGAUCAGGUGCUGACAUGGAUGUAUGCCUUACAAACUAUGGUCAUUGCAAUUAUGUGUCGGGAAAGCACGCCUGUAUUUUUUAUGAUGAGAACACGAAGCAUUACGAGCUGCUCAACUACAGCGAGCACGGGACCACGGUGGACAACGUGCUGUACUCCUGCGACUUCUCCGAGAAGACCUCCCCCAGCCCCUACAGCAGCAUGGUGUCUAAAGUGCAGAAUAUCAUACGACGCUGUAAGAAACGGAAACAGCAGGAGGCCAGGGUGCAGACGGGGGAGCCGCCAGCAGGGGGCGUGAUGAGCAGCCAGUCCCAGGGACACCCCCAGCGCCCCUGCGGCUGCAAGGCCAGCAGCUCCAGCCUGGUUGGUGGCAGCGGGGCGGGCUGGGAGGGCACGGCCCUGCUCCACCACGGCAGCUACAUCAAGCUGGGCUGCCUCCAGUUCGUCUUCAGCAUUACAGAGUUCGCCAGCAAGCAGCCCAAAGAGGAGACCCCCCUCCCCGCCCAGGACGGCGUGGGGCCGUCUGAAAAGCAGCAGACUCUCAGCGUCCUCCAAGUGCCCGUGCCGUGCUCCAACUCUGUCCCCUAGCCCCUACACCCGCAGAAACGCAAGGACCAGGCCGCUUGUCUAACUUGUAUAAAACAGAGAGUUUAAAAAAAUAUUAAUUUAAUAAUUCAUACGUUUGCAUGAAAUGAAGUAUUUUUGGGGGCUCAGAUUUUGAGGGCGAGUUGCACAUAGAAUUUUCAAAUGUUUUUUUUUUUUUUUUUUAAAUGCAAAACUUCAAACGGUUAUCUAGAUUUGCAUAAUAAAAGAAGGGAUACUUUGUCCUCAACAUUCUAAAAAAUAAAAAGUCUCCCAAGUUUCCAUUGUACUUGUAAAGUAAUCGGAACUUGUUCUAUUUUGUGCCAGUAAUAGUUUUUAUAUAAACUAUGCUUUUUUCAUAAAAUGAAACAUUUAUGUAUUUCUGGUCAUUUUAUUUAAUGUACUGUACGUGAAAAUGUAGUGUUGCUCUGUUUUUGUUGCUGCUUUUGCACUACAGGUAGUUGUAUGUUAAAAUGUGUGUAUAUAUACAUGUAUACACAUGAUUUGUGUGUGUAUGUUUAUGUAUAUAUUUAUGGAAUAUGUAUAAACGCGCACACACACAAGAAUCUAAUUUUCUUCAUAGAGAAUUGUUUGAUUCCAUAUACAAACACCAUUGUUAGGUUUUUUAAAUGUGCACAGUGCUUCAUGAAUUUCAGUCCUGAUGUUCAGUAGCUUUUCAGAAAAGUGUUGUAAAUGUUGUUCCAAGUCCUGUUUUUUCAAUACUGUACCACUUGUAAAUAGUGACUACCGUUUUAAAGUUUCAUCUGAACAUUUUUGUGUAUUCUGUAAAUAUAAACCUACUUUGACUUUGGUUUCUGCCUGUCAGUUAUAACAUGUAAAUGCAUAAAGAUUUUUUAAGAACAAGAUAAGAAAACAAA